AUGCCAACUCACGGCAAGCCUUCCCAGGACGAAAGUAAUAUCGUUCUUGAAUUUCAAUCUAGAGUGAUGAGCAAUUUCAUAUCUGACCCUGCCGCAUGGCUUCGAAGAGAGCGCUGGCAUCUCAAAAUGGAUAACAGUACGACGCAACGCCGUGGCAUUAAACUCGAUUCAAACGAUAUCGAUGAGAAUUUAGUGUCACCAACGACCGUCAAGUCACGUUCCGAACAUUGCCAGUUGCUUGAUAGCAGUCAGGAUCCUGAGCGAGAUGCCGAUUAUCUUGCUUUGGACCACGCAGAAUUAUCUUCAACUCUUCGUUGUCAAGAAUUUGGGUUUCGGGAAGACAUGCCAUUGGAGCAACUAGCAUAUACGGACAGUCAGCAGCGAACGACCAAGAAAUCCUGGGAAAUGAGCUCCCUAGUCACGCUUGAUGCUGGUAUCCUGCGCACCACCUCGUUCGAAAAGCAUAGUGACAGCCUGCAGUCCCGUCGUUGCUACUUUUUCAAGGCGAAAGAAGAAAAGCAGCUUUCGACAGGUAUAUUCGAUAGCAUAUGUGAUGAGAGCAAACGCCAGUAG